AUGUCAGUUCCAACUUUUCGACUAACAAACGAGCUCACCGUCGUGACAGGCGCCAGCGGCGGCAUUGCCCACGCCCUCGUGGAGACGCUUCUGGUCUACGGGGCGCCGCUGGCGCUCGUGGACCGUAACAUGGAGGCGUUGCACCGCACACGGGACGCCAUGGUGCGUUUCUGUGUUGAGGAGGCAAACAUUAAGGAGGAGGAUGUUCCAAAGAUGGAGUGCUUUACAUGUAAUAUAGGAGACGCGGGGGAAGUUGAAACUCUAUUUGGCGAGAUAUACAAUGUCUUCCAACGGUACCCACUACACAUGGUGAAUUGUGCAGGUUAUUGCGAGAACUUUGCCGCUGUCGACUAUCCAGCACAAAAUGCCCAUGAUUUGAUGGGAGUUAACCUAUUGGGUGCCUUUUAUCUCUCACAAUGUUUUGCAAAGCCUUUGAUUGAACAUAACAUCUCAGGAGGUUCGAUUGUCCUUAUUGCAUCAAUGAGUGGGAAAAUUGUAAAUACCCCGCAGAAUCAGUGCAUCUAUAACGCUAGCAAAGCCGGCGUUAUUCAUUUGGCAAAAUCUCUCGCAGCGGAAUGGGGCGCCCUCAUGCACCCCAUUCGAGUCAAUACGCUCUCCCCCGGGUACACCGCCACCCCAUUAACCAGAAACGUGGUGAGCGGCGACGCGUCGCUCGCCGCGGAAUGGACAAGACGUGUCCCCCUGGGGAGAAUGGCGCACCCGCGUGAAAUGGCGGGCGCCGUUCUCUUUCUCCUUGCAAACGACGCAAGUUCUUACACCACGGGGGAGGAUGUUCUCGUUGAUGGAGGGUACUCUGUGUGGUGA